AUGGAAUUAGACAGAAUUUCAUAUACUAAUAACUUAAAAGAGAAAUCUAUUAAGCAAAUUUUAAGAGAGCUUAUAUAUUUACAGUGGGAUAAUGCGCGACAAAUAUUAAGUCAUAAACAAUUGAGUAACUAUAAUAAAUAUAUAAAACUAUCAUUAGAUAAGUCUUGGCAAAUAAUUCUUAGUAAUAAGAUAAAAGCGCAAUUUUUGGAAUUAUCCAAAUUUAUUGAUAAGAUAGAUUCUUAUUUAGUUAAUUAUACUAUUAAAAGUCAGUGGUGGAAUUUUUUUGCCGCCCAGGGAUUUGCAUGUAAAACAUCAUUAAUUGAGGAAAAUAUGUCCCCCUACAUCCCAUUGUAUAUACUUUUUCAGAUAUUAUUUUGUAAAUUGAAUAGCUUGAAAUAUAAUAAUGAUAUAUUGGAUAUUACCUCAGUAAUUUAUUUAUUGUGUGAAAUAUGUAACACAAAUAUAGGACAUUUGCUAAAUUUAGAUUCAGUAUUGUAUAAUUUUGGUUUGGAAUAUUCAUAUAAAUUUCAUGAUGAAAUAAGAAUAUUACUUAAUUCUGAUUUAUUAUUAAAGAGUGAUCUAAGAAAACUUCUUCCAUACUUUUCAUCCAUUAUUAUAAAAGACGAAUAUAUUAAUAAAUCAUAUAAGGAUUUAUGGAACAAUAUAUUAAAAGAUUUAAGUCUUUUUAUGAAUAAUUUGAGAGGGAAAUUUCGAAAUAGAGAGAUUCCUGAUGAUAGUUAUUUAGUUGAAUCAAAAAUAAUAGGGAUAAAUAGAAUGAUGAAUAUUGAGAAGGAAACAAAAUUAAUUGCAGAAUUAGCUUUUGAUAUAAAAGAUGAAGAUAAGACAUUUAUAGAUAAAGAAAUAAGUAAUAAAGAUAUUAUGAUGGCAUCAUUUAUGGGAAUUAAAGAUAAUAAUAACUCAGAAAUUAUAUCAUUAGAACAAGAAUAUAAAUCUAAAAUAAUAAUAAAUAGAAAAAAUAGUGAUAUAUUGGAAUAUAAGGAUAAGUCAAAUUUAUAUAAAGAAAUAAAUUUAAUAAAUAAAAGUAAUAAAUAUAUUAAUGAGAUAGGAGUAAAAGAAAUAGAAGUAAAACCUUCAAAUCCUUUUGAAAAUUUAGAAUUAUAUGAAGACAAUAAGAAUAAGAUAAUAUUACCUACAUUAUUACAAUAUAUAUCAAAAAGAAAAUAUAUAAGAUACAAUACUAGUAAGAUAGGAAUACUUUGGGAUCAACAAUUUAUUAAUUCAAAAAAGAAUGAUAAUAAACUUUUUAAUUUAUCUUUAACUAAUGUAUUUACAACACAAAGAUGUAUUAAUUUGACCUCAAUAUUACCAUCAGAAUAUUCUAUAGAAUCAAUAAAAUAUAAAUGGGUAUCUAUAGAAUCUAUUAAAAGAUUAUUUCAAGGAUUACCUUCUAUUGAGUUUUCUUUACCUGAAAAGAUUAUUAAUAAAAGUAUAGAUAAUAAUAUAUAUAAAAAAGAUAUAUAUGAAGAUGAUAUGAUUUAUAUAUGUGAUAAUUAUAUAUAUAUAUCUAAAUAUAUAUGCCCUUGGUUUCAAUAUAAUGGAAAAGGACUACAGUUUAUUCAAAGAAAUGAGAUUUUUAAUUUAGAAGAUAAAUUACAAGAUUUUGAUAGUCUAACAUUAUUAUCUAAUACUAUGAUUACUGAAAUGUGUAUACUUGGAACUAAUAUUUAUUAUUUAAGACAUUUUGUUGAGAUAUUAAAAUAUAUAACUGAACAAAAUAUAAAUAUUAAUAAUUUAGCUUUGAAUUUGAUUAAUUUAUCUACAAAUACUAUAGUAGAUCCAACAUUAAAAUAUUUAAAGAAUUCAUUACAACAAUUACUUGAAAUAUAUGAAAAUGAUAUAAAUAUAUUAUUUUCUAAAAUAAAAUAUGAAGAUUUAAAUAAUAUAAAAUCAGAAAAUAAUAGAUUUAUAUCAUCUACAAAUAUUAAUGUAUUAUUAAAUUUAUUUAAUCCUUGUAUGAUAUUAUUAACUAAAAUACUUGCAUUAAAUAAUAAUAAUUCAUUUACAAGCAAUUUAUUACAAGAUGAAAAAUAUUUUAAAUAUAAUAAGAUGAAUUUUUGGAGAUUUCCUCAAGGAUUUACUUUAGUUAGUUAUUUAUUUACUUGUUUAUGGCAAAUACAAAUAAGUUAUACAUGGAUGUCAAAUAAAGAUAUUUUAAUUAAAGAUAUAUCAAAUAAUAAUAAGUAUCAAAUAAAUAAUAUAUUAUAUAAUAUAUUUAAAGAUGUAUAUGAAAGUUAUUUUAGUUACCAAGAAUAUCUUUUAAAGAAUAAUAAAAUUACAAAUAUAAAUAAUAUAAGAAUAUCUGGAUUUUAUAAUCCAUUAAUUAUAAUACAAAAUAGAAUAAAAUUUCUUAUAAGAAAUUCUCAGAUAUUUGAUAAUCAAUUAUUAUAUGAUUUUAAUAAAGAUAUUAAUGGAAUACAUACCUUUUAUGAUAAAUUAAUAACUCCUGAUAUAUAUAAUUAUAUAGAAAUAUUCAAAAAUAAAUCUAUUGUACCAAUAAGAUUUCCUUCUAAGGAUUAUUCCAAUUUUUUUACUAUAUUAGAAGAUCAAAAACUUGAAAAUUAUUAUUUAUUUUCAAAUGACAAUAGUCUUAUACAUGUAAUUUCAUCAAAUUUAAAUCAUAAAAUUUAUAGUAUUUAUUAUUAUUAUUAUAUAUACUUAAAUUCUGUAUAUCAAUUAUUAAUUCAUAAUAUAUGGAAUAGUAAAGAUUUAUUUAAAAUAGCACUUUAUAUAAGCUCUGAAUUAUCUGAAGAAUUGAAUAGAAGUGAAAUAAUGAAAAAUUUCAAUUUAAAUCAUCUAGAUGAAAAAAUUAAGCAAUUGUGGAAUAAGAUUUAUUUAAAUUUAUAUCAAAAACAAUUAGGAAAUCAAUUAAUCAAUAUUGAAAAAAUUGAAUGGAAGGAUUUAUAUUUUAAAAAGAAUAAUACAAAUAUUCAUUGGUUAAUAAAUUUUGUACUUGGAAUAAUACCACAUAAAGUAAAGACAGAAUUAUUUUUAUAUAAUAAUCAACAAAAAUAUCAAAUGUAUUUAUUUCAUAUAUUUAUAAUAUUAGAUAUUAUUUCAAAUAAAUUAUCUCAAAUAUGGUUAUAUAUGAAUCGUUAUUUACUUUAUAUAUGGUGUAGAAAAUAUACUACAGAUUUUAAUUUAUAUAUAAAUUUUGAUCACGGCUUUCUACAUGAUAAUUUUACUGAAAAUUUGUUUCAAUGGAUUCUAAAAAUAGAAAAUAAUAUACAAUAUUUUAAUUUUGUUAUAAAAUCAAUUUCUGAAUUUAUUAUAUUGAAAUUAGAUAAUGCUGAAUUAAAUAAUAUAAUACACAAUAUUAAUAAUCCUAAAGAUAAGUGGGAUAUAAUUAAUAAAAUGCUUAUUCAACAGAAUAUAUCUAAAAAUCCUUCAAAUCAAGAUAAUUUUCUUACUAUAUGUAAUAUGAUUAUUGAGAUAAUCUCAUAUAUUUUGGAAAUAUUAUCAAAUAUUGAUAUAUCUUAUAAAUUACCAAAAAGACCAAGUACAUUUAGAUCUUUUAGAUAUCAUGAUAAUUUAAAUAAUCAACCAAAUGAUGAUAUUAAAUGUAAAAAAGAAAGUCACUUACAAAGAUUAAAAGAUAAGUGGAUCCAAAGUGAUGGAGAUUCUAAAGUUAUAAAAUUAAAAAAGUCUAUUUUAAAAUUAUCAAGCUUCUUAAUUCAAGUAAAUAAAAAAAGUGAUUAUUCCUAUCUAAUAUAUAAUUUUGAAGCUUGUUAA